UGUCAAGCCACCGAGCGUGAACAAGGGGAGAAAACUCUGGUAGAUAUGAGAAUGUGAAUAGUAGUGCGAAUGCUUGAGCGGAGCGAGUAACACGUACAUCAUGACGGCUGCAGAUUACUUGCAGUUGGUACUAUCACAUGUAAUUGCAGGUAUAAUUGGAAUCCUGUGUGUUUUGUCCCUAUUAUGGAGGUGCGUCCGACAUCCAUUCAAGUUUCUAAAUGAGGAAACAAAUAGGAAAAAGAGGGACAUUAUGCCUGCUUGUCUGAACGACCCGACUCUAGGAACUCACGGCUUUAUACAUUUGGAGCAUGUGAAGCUGCACUACGUUUCCAAUGGCGACGAGAAGAAACCUUUGAUGCUGCUGAUCCAUGGCUUUCCAGAGUUCUGGUACUCAUGGAGGUUCCAGCUUCGAGCCUUCGCUGGAGAUUACAGGGUUGUGGCUUUGGACCUAAGAGGAUACUCAGAGUCAGAAAAACCAAACGGCUACAACAGCUACACAAUAGAAAAUCUGGUGGGGGACAUUAAACAGUUGAUUCCAGCUCUGGGACAUCGGAGUGCUGUAGUUGUCGGCCAUGACUGGGGUGGUGCUAUCGCCUGGGGGUUUGCCAUGAAGUACCAGGAUAUGGUGGACAAGCUGAUCAUCAUGAAUUGUCCGCACCCGGCCACCUUUAGGCCCUUCCUCAGAGGAAACUUCAAACAGCUUAAAAAAUCAUGGUACAUGUUUUUCUUCCAAGUGCCCUAUCUACCUGAGCACAUGAUGUCCAGAAAUGAUUAUAGGGCAAUAAAGGAAAUGUUUACCAGCAAGCAUGCAGGUCUUAGGGUUGGAACAAUGACGGAUGAGGAUGUUGAGGCAUACAAGUAUGCUUUUUCUCAUCCAGGUGGCUUAACUGGCCCGUUGAACUUCUAUCGGUCGGCAAUGAAGAAUUCAAGCAUGUUGGUAACAAAUGUCCCAAAGAUUCAAAAGCCUACUUUGAUUAUAUGGGGAUGUCAGGAUUUGGCCCUGUGUGAAGAGCUCCCAAGUCUGGCAAAGGACCAUGUCACAAACCUCACCAUCAGGUUUGUUCAGGAUGCAAGCCACUGGGUGCAAAUGGACACACCUGAUAUUGUCAACGAACACAUGCAAGAUUUCCUCAAUGGCAUUAACUAAUUAGAAAGAUAUUGUUAACCUGUAUCUUCACUUUAUAUAAAUCAAAAAUUAACUAAUUUCUUUAAAUUAUUUUCUAUAUAAACAAUGUAUUAUGUAGAAAAAGACCAAGCUAUCACCUAAAACACACCAGUUGAACAGUAUGACAGAUUUUGUUUGAUGAAGGUUUCUUUCUCAUUAUGAGAAAGCAAGGUACAAAAAUGUAUUUGUUUAGAUAAAAAUUUCCUUCACCAGCUGUCUGUGAGGCAGUACUAUAGAACCUUGUAUACGUGAACUGUCAACAUUUGGUAAGCAGGGCCCAGCUGUUCAAAGUCUGGUUAGUUUAUUUGUUGUAAACACAAAUUUCCAAUGUGUGAUGUUUGAGAAAUGUUCAAAUAUUUACAAAUAUAUUUUGUUCAUUAGAAAGGUUAAAAAGAACACCACUUGUUUUAAAGCUCAGGGUUAACAUUGAGGUUGUUAAUAUAGGUUUUAGUAAUAUUUCAUCACAUUUAUCUUAUCCCAAACCUCACAAGCUUUUCCAAUCUCAUUGAAAGUUGUAUAUUUUGAUCUUUAAUAUGAUGGAUUUGUUAUAUUAACACAGUGUAGUAGGUAAUAUAAAUCCCACAGGUGAUGUGUGCCCUGGUAUCUUGUAGGGCAACCAGAUGACCACUUAAUAACAUUUCACACAGUGCGCUACCGUGGUAGCACAUUGUGUGAAAUGUUGAAGAUUUUGAGUACCGGAAGUACUUUAUAUACAUACAAGUGAUAUACACUCUUCAUAAACAGGCAAAGGAUUGUCUAUUGUAUACAUGUACGCAAGGUUUAUAAGUAUUCCGAUCAAGGUUGAUGACAUCAUAGAUGAUUCAUACGUGCUAAAAGAGGUUUGACUAAGAGUGAAACCAGAAAGACAUGUUUUUAAAAAUCAGGAUUUAAUUUGUAUCUGCCACUUGACUGAUCUUUCGGAGCAGAUUUAGGGUCUUAAAGUUUAUCUAUAGUGUGAAAGUUAAAACUGUGUUAAUUUGUAUAAAUAUGGUACUUAGUUAAAAGUCCCUGGUGUGUUUAUUGGUGAAAAUAUGGUACUCACUAAGUGGAUACUGUCAUCCAAAGGGUCAAGAAUGUAAUGAAUGUUAUAGGGAAAUGAUGAGGCAGAUUGAGCACUUGAUUAUGGAGGAGUUGUACUUGAAAGGUGUAUAUAAUGUAUACGUACAUGUGUCGUCAUAAGACAAGUAAUUGUUCUACAUGUGUCAUCAUAAGACAAGUAAUUGUUCGUGUAACAGUUGUGUAAUCAUCAAAUGAAUUCUUUAGGUGUGUGAAAUAAAAAUAAAAAUUCAAUACACAUGUAGCACUUUUUUGGCACUUCAAAUGAGUUUAAAAUUAAAUUCUUAUUAUUAUUUUUCAUAUCAUCUAGAAUAUAUUUUCUAUUAUUUUUUAAUUUUUUAAUUUGAACUUGACUCUGGAUAAAACUACUGAGACCUGUUAUGUAGCUAGAGAUACGUUCUGAUUUCAGUGUAAUUUUAUUGGAGUUGUAGUCUAUGUCACAGUAAUGAACUAUGUCUAGUCCCUUGUUACUGAUCAGCGAGGAAGACCAUUCCCUUAAGCUCGGUCAUUAAGUACUGGAGUAGUAAUCUGUAGUCCCAGGAUAAACUUCACACCCAGAUAUGCUAAAGUCAGAAUAAUCAGGAUAAGUAAAGAAAACCCCAGAAAUGUGAGUUUAGUAAGAGCCAUUUCAAUUAAUUUUCAAAACCAGCAUGACUUUUAACGUCAAUUGAAUUUGUGAUGGGACCUAUGAGUCGUUAUGAGUGGAAAUGGUCUAGUGACUUAGGUUUAUGUUGUUGGUUAAAUUAUGAAACUCAAACAACAGACCUUCACCCUAGGUGUCGUUUCUAAGGACAGACUAGUAUAGGUAACAAAUAAUUCAGCAUUUAAAACCAUAUCAUUAUUAUCUGUACAAUGUAUUAUAAUACUGUAAGCAUACAUAUCUAUUAUCUAAGCGCUUUUUGCACUUUUAAUUAUUGUGCUAAAUUAUGACUGCACUUAUAGAAGUUUCUAUAUAUAUACAUCCUUUUGCAUAUAGUGUGUAUGUGCCAAGCCAUCAAUGCUUAAUUAAUCUGUUAAAAUUCAAUAAUGUGCUAAAAAUUAAGUGCACUGAAUUAAGUACAUUUACAGUAUUCAAACUUGAGUUUUAUUUACCAAGGUGGAUAUUUGAAAAAGCAAUCAGUUUGAAAUGUUACAAGUAUUAGAUUAUGUAUGCUGUGCAUGCUCAGAGUAAAUUUAGAUGUUGUGAAUUCAGUGUAAAAAGGUCUUCAUUUCACAAUGGCAUCAGAUUUUUAAAAAAACCCAUAAUAUGUCUAUUACCUUGUUAUGUUACCUACAACAUGGCCAAAAAACUUAAAGGAAUAUCUACUAUCAUGACCCUGAUACCUAUAUCCUACUUCAGGGGUCUUGACCUUGACAACUUAAUCCUACUUUACAGCUCUGAAUCCUAGAACUAAAUUUGUUAUGGACCUGUGCUUAUUCUUGUCGAUUGUGAUAUUUGUGAUAUUUUAGAUAUGGCAACUGGAGACUUAUAUGGACAAUUGUAAUAAUGUUGUUUUGUAACAUGUAGCUAUGGCCAAAAAGAUUUGGAAUCAAAUUUCCCGAUUGCAUGUAUGGUAAAUUUGUGGAAAAUAUUUAAAUAUAUAUAUAUCUAUAUGUGUGGCAAACAACAUGAUUGUACACACUUUAUGAGUUUGUAUUGUAAUUCUAUAACAUCACAUUUCAUACUAUGUUACUGUUGAACUUGUUAAAAUUAUUUUGAUGUAUUGUUUGUCAAGCAAUCCUGUCCCGGCGUAUGUUGAUUUAUAGACAUUUAUGAGUGAAUUUCUAUAAUUUAUGGCAAGUCUUUUUCUCCUAAAGUUUCUAUUUUACAAAGAGUUCAUAUCAUUUAAUUCAUAAUCAAAAAAUGUUUUAUCUGCAAAAAUGAUUUCAGAAUCUUUUAAUUUAAUUCAUUAAACAGUGCUUGCAAAGAG